ACUUACAAGUCCUAAGAACGAAACAAGUUGGGUUCCGAUAUGUGCACAUAGAUGGAGCUAUAACAACUCGAGAGUCUUGUGCAGAUCGAUUGGUUAUAAGGAUUCAACAAGUGUUAUUCUCUCAAAACUGAUUAGAUAUCGCCCAGGAUCUGUUUAUGUUAAGGCAAACAUAAGUUGUAAUGGGACAGAACAGCAUCUUAAAGAUUGCAGCCACUAUACUUGGGAAAAAGCGACUAUAACAUAUGGAGAUAGGAAUUUGUUCCCUUGUUCACAAAUUGUUUUAUCAUGUGACAUGAGACAACUGAAUGUAGAGCUGAGGGGAACUGUACCUUAUUCAUUUUGGCCAGCAUUUGACUUCUACAAUGAAGGAAGAUAUGGAACUACAGUCCUGUGUAAAACAUGUAAACUAGUCUGCAAUUCAAAGUGGGGCAUAACAGAGGCUGAGACAAUCUGCAAACUUCUUGGCUACCUGCCUCAAUAUACCAUCACCAGAUUCACCUACUUUGAAACUGUAAGGCCAAAGGAUAGGUAUAUGUAUUUGUAUAUGGAGGGCUUUGAAUGCAAAAAUAUGUUUGAUGGCGGUACACACUGCAAGUUGGUUGAUACUGGUUGUAAUACAUGGAAAUCGAAACAGCCAGGUGUUUAUUGUUAUAACAGAACUGCAGUGGACCCCAAUUUGGAGUUCCGCUUAGAAGA